CGGACGCACCAGCGCAUUGACUUUGGACUUUGUCAUCAGCGUUUAUAGUGGCUAUCUGGGAAAAUAUAUGUGUACUUGCCAGUGACACCUUCAACAAGUUUGUUUGAUUUUGCGGUCGAUGAUUAGUUGGAAUAUUGUUUGACAUGGAAUGAAAUUAACUGUAGCCUAAUAUGUUGAAUGCUAAUUGUGCAUUUUAGUGCUCGAGUAGGCUCGACUACCCAAUAGAGCUGCUCACUCUGUAAAUCUUUUUCGAUGUUGGAACGGUCAGCAGAGGAUAAGGACAUGGACGACUUCAGACGGGUCGCCUUCCGGAGGAAACCCCGAACUUUUGUCGAAUCCGACAUGGAGCAUGAUGAAUAUUCAGCUCUAAGCAGCAGCCCCAUUGAACGCGGCAGCGGCCCCCGCAGUGCGAGAGUCAGUCGGACAGGUCUGUGUGGGAAGAGUCCCAGUGAGAAGAGCAGGAGGGGUGUCAAUGGAAGAGGCUUGGCCAGCAGGCCCUUACUGCAGCCCAAACCACAAGUGCCUCCGAAGCCAGUGCACCUCCAGAGCCAGGUGACGGUGCCUGCUGGCCCCCUGCUGGCGCUGGGGCGCGUGGAGAGAGGACUCUUCAGAGCCACCAUGGAGGAGGGAGCAGGAGGGGCGGUGACUGGGAAGAGCCGGGAGAAACCCUCCAAAGUCUUGGACCUCAUCAACCACUUUGAGGAGAACAGCCAGUCGGAAACCAAGAGGGAGGGCUCGCCACUGAAGCAGCUUAGCAAGUCCCCCCUCUGCAGUCCGGCUCACUGGUGCUACCAGAGACAGUCUGAGCCCAAACAACAGGACAACAACUUAGGCUCUGUCCCAGGAACGCCACAGGAUGCUCACAAACCAGCGGCUAUCGGGGUGCUAGCCCAGAUGGACAGAGACAGGGACAGGAAGAGUGGAUACCCCCUGAGGACAGACACUGCCCUGGUGAAUGGGGACAUGGGGGACAGGAGCACAGAGCAGAGUGGGGAUAACUCCCCUACAAACACAGAGACAGAGACCCAUCCCGAGACAGAGACCCAUUCCGAGACAGAGACCCAUUCCGAGACAGAGACCCAUACCGAGACAGAGACCCAUACCGAGACAGAGACCCAUCCCGAGACAGAGACCCAUCCCGAGACAGAGACCCAUACCGAGACAGAGACCCUUCCCGAGACAGAGACCCAUCCCGAGACAGAGACCCAUCCCGAGACAGAGACCCAUCCCGAGACAGAGACCCAUCCCGAGACAGAGACCCUUCCCGCGACAGAGACCCUUCCCGCGACAGAGACCCAUACCGAGACAGAGACCCAUCCCGAGACAGAGACCCAUCCCGAGACAGAGACCCAUCCCGAGACAGAGACCCAUUCCGCGACAGAGACCCAUACCGAGACAGAGACCCAUACCGAGACAGAGACCCAUACCGAGACAGAGACCCAUACCGAGACAGAGACCCAUCCCGAGACAGAGACCCAUCCCGCGACAGAGACCCAUCCCGAGACAGAGACCCAUCCCGAGACAGAGACCCAUCCCGAGACAGAGACCCAUACCGGGGAGGACAGUGAACCUACAGGAGACCCCCAACCGGAACAAAGAAAGGAGGAGGCCAUUGUAGAGCAGAAGGUACCGGAGACCAACGAACAGAAGCUGCACAAGAUUGCCAAUGAGCUCCUGAAGACGGAGAGAGCCUACGUCACACGGCUCAACCUGCUGGACCAGGUGUUCUGUGCCAAGCUGAUGGGGGAGGCUCUGAAGGGCACGUUCCCUGUGGACGUGGUGAAGAACAUCUUCUCCAACAUCUCCUCCAUCAACACCUUCCACAGCCAGUUCCUGCUGCCUGACCUGGAGAAACGCAUGGGAGAAUGGGAGUCCACCCCUCGCUUGGGGGACAUCCUGCAGAAGCUCACGCCCUUCCUGAAGAUGUACGCAGAGUACGUGAAGAACUUUGACAAGGCCAUGGAGCUGCUGAAACAGUGGACGGACCGCUCGCCACAGUUCAAAGCCAUCAUCCAGGACAUACAGAGUCAGGAGGCAUGUGGUUGUUUGACGUUGCAGCACCACAUGUUGGAGCCGGUACAGAGAGUUCCCCGUUACGAGAUGCUGCUCAAAGACUACCUGAAGAAACUGCCUCAGGACGACCCCGACCACCGAGACGCAGAGAAGUCAUUGAACAUCAUCGCCAUGGCAGCCACACACUCCAACAGUGCCAUACGAAAAUCUGAGAAUCUGAAGAAGCUGCUGGAGAUCUAUGAGAUGUUAGGGGAGGAAGAGGAUAUCGUCAACGCCUCCAAUGAGUUCAUCAAGGAGGGACACAUCCUGAAGCUGGCUGCCAGAAACACCUCGGCUAUGGAGAGAUACCUCUUCCUGUUCAACAACAUGCUGUUGUACUGCGUGCCCAAGUUCAGCCUGGGAGGGCCCAAGUACACAGUACGCACCCGCAUCGGCAUCGAGGGCAUGAAGGUUCUAGGGACCACCAACGAGGACUACCCCCACACCUUCCAGGUGUCUGGCAAGGAGAGGACCCUGGAGCUGCAGGCCAGCUCUGAACAAGACAAGGACAAUUGGAUAAAGGCUUUUCAGAAGACCAUUGAGAUCUUCCAUCAGAAGAAUGAGACGUUCAAGUCAGCCUCCAAAGACGUGUUGACGGCAGAGCUGGGGAAACGUGCCCCUCGCUGGAUACGGGACAAUGAGGUGACAAUGUGUAUGAAGUGUAAAGAGUCCUUCAAUGCUCUGACACGACGGAGACACCAUUGUCGAGCCUGUGGCUAUGUUGUGUGUUGGAAGUGCUCAGACAACAAGGUGGCCCUGGAGUACGACAGCAACAAGAUCAACAAGGUCUGUAAGGACUGCUACUCCAUCCUGACUGGAGAGGAGAAGGCCGAGGGCAAGAAGAAGGGUAUUCUGGAGAUCGAGGCGGCCCAGUUCUCCGGCAGCAGCAUCAUGUGUGGCUUCCUGCAGUACUGUGAGAAGAACAAGCCCUGGGGGAAGGUGUGGUGCCUCAUCCCAGAGAAGGAGGCAUUAGUUCUCUACCUCUAUGGAGCGCCACAGGAUGUGAAGGCCCAGUCCACUAUCCCUCUGCUGGGUUACUCUGUGGAAGACAGCCCCCGGCCUGCUGACCUUCCAGCCAGCUUCCGUUUGUCACAGUCCAAAUCAGUCCACAGCUUCGCGGCCGAGAGCGACGAGCUGAAACAGCGCUGGCUCAAGGUGAUCCGGGUGGCCGUGACUGGGGAGGUGCCCGAGUGCCCCCCUCCCAACGAUGCCAUGGGCACCAUGGCCAUAGAUGGCGCCCAGGAGACGAGCUCAGACAGCUGAAGAUUGCCAGAGACCUAUGUGCAUUUAUGCACACACCACUCCCAUGCUACCCUCAUGGACACACACAGUGUGGUAACUCAGUGCUAGAUAAGCUGCCUUCCCUUGCCAAUCCACACCUCUCUUCCUUCCCUGAGUGGAUUCUACCAAUCAUAAGCGAGGGCAUGAUUGGAUCUCACAGCUCCACCAAUAGAGCUGUGCAUUCCAAUCAUCAUUAGAGUGGAGCAAUGAGGGGGACCUCAGGACGGUCUCUGCUUCACUCAGACAGACAGGCACUAUUCAGGACAACCUGCCUGGGGCAUCUUGUACACUGAGGACACUAAGGUCCUUAGGCUUUACUGGGGAUGCCUGCAGGCCCAACAGAUAUCCUCCAGCUUCAUAGACAUGAGUCUAAUGAUGUGAAUCAAGAGACUGGCUGUCUGGUCCAGGGUUGGGGUCAAUUCCAGAAGUACACUGAAAUUCCAAUUGGGAAUAUUUGGAAGUGGACGAACCCUGGUCGGUACAUUGCAUCAGCCCAUGUACAUAUGUGUUACGCAGUUUUCCCUGACAGGGACAAAUGCAUUUUUAUGUACAGAGAAGCAAUGCUCUCCAUAUGUUUUGAUAUCUGAGAUGUUGAUCCUGUACAAUGUGUACAUCGAAGUAUUUGCAGUGUUUAUGCUUUUUUUUUUUACUUCGAGACAUGGGUGAACAGUGUUUCAAACUAAAAAGGGUCCUUGGACAGUAUCACUAGGAAAGUAUCAGUCCUCACUAGGAAAGUAUCACUUCUCCAAUCAUGUAGUUUCACAUCACAGUAGCCAGGAGCCAUGUUCUACUGGCAAGAAUAGAAUGAGUUCCUCUAGAGCCUGGGUCAAUGUCCCAGAAAGACUUCGGCAAUCGAGAGGAUCACUCUACACUUUAAUUGCUGUAAGUAACCCCAUAAGCAAACAGGAAAUGAUGCAGAAGUACUCACCCAUCCAGAACAGGCUUCAAACCAAACAGGCUGAGGGAUUGCCUCUCCAGCCAGGCUAGGCAUUCGGGGUACUCUGCUGCACUCAUUCUAAGCUGGAUCAACCUUCCUCGCCUUGGAAUCCAAGAGAGUCACAAAGUAACCUCUUAAGCAACCACAUCACGGUCACAAUAAUGUGUUGAAAAGUGUACUACUGCUGUGAACAUUAGAGGGGCCUUUCUACUCUAAUGCUGUAUAGUAUGAAUGAAGACAGACAUACCCACACCCAUAGGGCAGUAUUGAGGAUGAGAAUUAAUGGUUGUACAGCUGUAGUUACCUAGCCCCACAGCCCUUUUGUAGACAUGUAUAUAUCGGAAUAUAGAAUAUACAUACAAAGCAUUUAUAUAUGGUGGGGUUUUCUAUGUAACUGACCCAAAGGGAUGACAGACUACCACUGACCCAGAUCCUGUCUUCUACAUAGGGACAUCACCCCUCGAAGUGGCACAGAGGUAAACAUUAUGACCAGGUGGGGAAAGAAAUGUAAAUGUUUUAAAUACUGUACCUAAUUUUAUUUAAAAAGUAAUUUAUGAAAUAUGCACAUGAUGAUUUAAAAUAAUUAGCACAAAAGUAAUAUCCCUCAAAUUUCCAUGUGUUCUGUCCGACACAGCCAAGCCAAGUAGACUAACAGAUUCACUAAGGCUUUUUGUCUUGUCCCUCAAUGCAAACCAGAGAUAGCUGUCCCUCAAUCUCUAGUAAGGUGUCACUCACUCCAUCCUGUGAAUAGAAUGGAAGCGGGUAAUGUGCCUAUAACCUCUGUUCAUAGGUUCUACUGUUCCAAUCCUCUAUUCAUGGUCUGAGUGUGACAUGGCCUCACUGCACCUCUCCAAUCGCAGUUCUGAUACAGACAAUGCAGAAGAGCACAACAAUCCUGUCUUAUGAGAUCUGAACGUAAAACCAGGUUUUGGACGUUUGUCCACACUCCCGAUCCCCCUCCCCAAGGUUUGAGAAUCUACGCACUUUACGGUCUUAAUAUAAAGUGUACCUUGUAAGAAAAUAAAGUAAGUUGAAGUAUUAUGAAA